CGCGGGGGCCGGGCCAUGCAGUACCAGGCGCCGGGCGCGGCUCCGGCGGCGGCCCUGGGCGUCGGCGUCCCGCUGUACGCGCCCACGCCGCUGCUGCAGCCCGCGCACCCCACGCCCUUCUACAUCGAGGACAUCCUGGGCCGCGGCCCCGCCGCCGCUCCGGCCCCCCACUCCCUGCCCGCCCCGCCGCCGCCGACGCUGCCGUCGCCCAACUCUUCCUUCACCAGCCUGGUGGCCCCGUACCGGACCCCCGUCUACGAGCCGACCCCCAUCCACCCGGCCUUCUCCCACCACCUCGCCGCCACCUACGGCACCGGCGCUUACGCCGGGCCCCUUUACUCCUUUCCUCGCGCCGUCGGCGACUACACGCACGCACUGAUCCGCCAGGACUCCCUGGGAAAGCCGCUGCUAUGGAGCCCCUUCAUCCAGCGGCCGCUGCAUAAGAGGAAGGGCGGGCAGGUGCGCUUCUCUAACGAGCAGACCAUCGAGCUGGAGAAGAAGUUCGAGACCCAGAAAUACCUCUCCCCACCCGAGAGGAAGCGCCUGGCCAAGCUGCUGCAGCUCAGCGAGCGCCAGGUCAAAACGUGGUUCCAGAACCGCAGAGCCAAAUGGAGGCGCCUGAAGCAGGAGAACCCCCAGGCCACCAAAAAGGAGGAGGUGGAAGGCACCGACGAUCACGGCGAACCGCGGCCGGAGGGCAGCCCCAGCCCCGCGAGGGGGGGCGAGGCCGAGCCGCAGGACAGCCCCUCGGCUGCCUCGCAGGAGGACCCCGAGUCCGACGUCUCCGAUGACUCCGACCAGGAGGUGGACAUCGAGGGCGACAAAGGCUUCCACAGUGCCACACGCUGACAGCCCGCAGGCACGGAGCCGAACUCGGCUUGCGCUGUCCCAGGACUGCGGGAAGGAGGAUUUUAUGACUGGAGAGGACUUUCACCAUUCUGCUGAAAGACAAAGAAGCACAAACGGACUCGUUCUGUAAUAAUCUGAGAAAGAAAAGAUGUAUGUUCUGCAAACAGUCCGUUUUUUGGCAGAUCUCUGAUUUGAUUAUAGGGACUGAUCGGUGGUUUGUAUUUACUGCGUAAGAUCUGUGUGUACAUUGAUUGGUGCUCUCACCGGGACACAGCGCUGUGCCCAUCUCCAGCUGCUGGAGCCCCCCUCCCCCAGCUCAUGUGGUGGGGGAACGCAGAGGGCAGGACUGUGCCUUUAUGUGUGCAAAUGAAUGUGCUUUAAAUGAAUUAAUUUAAGUGCCCUUUGCAGGCAGAGAAAUGUAUUCUGUGCCAUAUAGAGGGAUCGGAGCAUCCCGACAGUGCCUUACCCAACCCAGGCCCUGCUGCCGCACCCCCCGGCAGGAUCCACCCCUCACCGGACAGAAGCUGUGGGCACGUUCAGUUUUGCUCUUGAUGGAAUGAAAUGUCCCUCAUCGCGUUUUGGAGGACGUUUCCUCGCAGUCUGUGUGGUUCCAUUUGCAGGGAAACAAAACAAACCAAACAAACAAACCCAACAAAACAAACAAACAAACCCAACAAAACAACAACAACCCAAAAGCAAAACAUCAAACCGACCCAGUCUACUUUUUUCCUUGACAAAUUUCCAAAGGAAAUGAGGGGGCUGACAGGGCACUGCGGGGCACAGCAUGGCAGUAGGCAGCCGUGCACACCGUGUCCCUGUCU